AUGGCCGUCGCCGAGAAGAUGAUGAACGUAGGCUUUUGGGGCGUUGGCGUGGCCGUCCUCGGUCUGAUGGUGAGCAUCCUGGCCCUCCAGGUCAACGACAGCCGUGUCCUGGCGGCCUGCACCGCCGUUCCCGCCGCAUUCAUCGUCGGCCUCGUCGCCUUUUGGGUUUGGCUCGCUAGUACCUACGGCGGCGCAUCGGAGUCGAGUGGUGUUGCACGUCUGCCUGUCUAA